UGACAGUGUCUUGAUCGACACGGACGAAGAGUGCCCCCAUUAAGAUUCUUGUCCUGUCAAGCACUCGGGAAUAAUGGACUGAGAAAUGUUAUCCAGAACGCAAAGUUCGAUUUAAUGACACCCGCAAUGGUUUCGUUCACUGCCCCCGCCGGAUCAACGUGUCAGUUAUUGUUAUUGUUGUUGUUGUUGUUGUUGACUAAUAUGUCCAUUUCAUAUUGCCUUCAUUCUUUAUACCAAUGCGAAGCCGAUGGAAAUAACGUCGGACCCCCCGCUCUCGGAGUCCGGACCGGCGAUAAUGCGAACUCCCUGUAUGAGAUGACCGGUCUGGAUCACCCCUGUCCAUGUCUCAGAUUGAUCGCCAACGACGGGGUCGGCCUUGGGAGUAAGAUCGUCUCGACAAUUCUUUGCAUGAAGAAUCGACGUCUUGAUAAGACAGAAUACAGAUGUCAUUUGGCCGAUUCCGAGUGACAGUGAUGCUGUUGGGUAAUGGUCUUUCCAGCUAACAAGCAUGAGCGAGCGCAAAUACUAGGUAGGUAUCGAAUGUGUGUCCCAUGUCCCUUAAUCGGAAAGCCGGUCCGCACGAGAGCUCUCUUUUACAUCAUCAGAUACUCGACGACCUUCCGUGCUGACCUCUUCGGGGACAUGUCUCAUUAUCAGACAUG